AUGUUGAGGCCUACCUUUAUUCUGUGGGAUGUUGGAUAUCCUCUUUACACUUACGGUUCCAUCAUCAUUAUUGCAUUAAUUAUUUGGCAAGUGAGAAAGAAUCAUCAAGAUUUAAGAUUGGGACCUAACAGGAGCUGCUGCUGGCAUCACCGAAGAGUCAGACAAAGGGCUAGAGAUGCAGCAUCAAGAGCUAGGAGACUUUCCCGGGAAGAAGCUGAGAAGCCGUGGGAGCUGCUCUCUGUCAUGAGAAGCCAGGGCUGGCUUCCUCAGGAGGGGAGUGUGCAGCGGCUGCUGUGUGCAGAUCCCUGCUGCCAAACCUGCAACGCUGUGGCUCUGGAGAUUCAGCAGUUGCUAUCGGGUGAGAACACCCUGACCACCACUACUUCUUCCGGGACAUCGCAGGGCUCCUCUUGCCUAGAGGUUUUGUCCACGCCUAGUCUCUCUUUUGAGCAGAGUCAGGAUUCCCUGCACUCCAAAGAGCUUUCACUUCCAUCAGCAACCCGCAUAGUGUCACAACUAACAAGUCAGAAAUCCUUAACCCAGUUAGUUGCCAGGUCAGCCACUAAGUCAACCACCAAGUCUGCCAGUGCAGUCAGCAUCCACGAAUACUGGGCGGACGACCAGCAGCUAAGGCAGGAAUGUCAAGGGCCAGAGGUACCCUGGGACGUGGGAGCUCUGUCUUCUUCAAGCCUUGAAGAGCCUAGGAUUCCUGUGAACCAGCAAGACAAGAAGAGCAACUCUGAAUGUGUUCCAGAGAAAUAAGAAGCUGCAGAAGCUGGACUGGGAAAUAAGAUGAAACACUUUACACACUGGAUUAACCCCAAGGUGAAAGGUCAAGGGCAUAAGGAAUCCAUUCUCCUCUCUAAGGAUGAGAAGGUGGCCAAAACCAAGACAGAAAAUGUUGAGAAGAGACCACCUCCCACCAAAUGCCCUGUGAAGGGAGCUCAGUCAGAGAAGGAGGAGGAAGGCAUGGCCUUCUUUGAUGCCCUCCAGUGCCUAGACAAUGAGCUCCAGCGACACUCCCUUCAGUCCAGCCAAUCCUGGUUCCUGCGCCUUUCCUGCAACAGCUCCAAGCACUGUCCUCAGCUGACUUGUGCCACUCAGCCAGAAAAUCCAUCCCAUGUCUCAACUCUCACCUCAGCAGAAGGCACUUGUCUAUACAAGGAGAAUACCCAGUCCAGGAAAAAGGAGUUCAUAGGUUCCCAAACUUCUGCAUCCUCCUGA